GGCUUAUGAGUGAUAACAACCAAAAUAUGUGAUGUUGAUAACUAGUUUCAUCGGAAUAAACGUGAAAAUUCCAUUGUUUUAAAGAAAAAUGUUGGUUUUACUUGUUAUACUCCUCUUUGGAGUAACAGCAACUUUGCAAGAUCCCCAAGUUAUUGAAGUACAAGAUAAGCAGGAGCAUGAAUUAUCUGUUUCAACACUAAAUUCAAGAGAAUACUUAAUUAAACUGCCUCAUUCUUUCAAGUUAAUCAUAGAAGUGGAAAAUGUAGAUCUACAAUCAAUCUACGGAGAUUAUUUACUUAUUAAAAGAGGUCCUGAUAUGGAUGAAGAGGGUACUGGCAUUGCACUAACUGAAAAAGGCCUUCCAGAAGGCAAAAUUGUUAUUUCUUCUAAUAUUAUUUAUAUAAAACUAUUUAUCGGGGAAUCAGAAGAAGGAAAAUCAAAAAUUAGAGAAUUCAAACUAAAAUAUACUGCGUAUGGAACUACGUCAUUAACGACAACGGAAGCUCCAACAUCUACAUCAACUUGGCCUUCACCAGGAGCAAAUGACAAAAGUCACUAUAAAGCUCAUUUAUAUGGAUUGAGAGAUGUCGACUACGAGAUUGAGGAGAAUGUGGAAAAUUUACGAACAGCCAUUGGCAAAAUGGCGGCUGAAUAUUGCAAAGACCAGGCGAUGCCUGUUCUAGAACCGAUUGGAAAAAACAAUGUUCUUAUUGCGGAUUUGAUAAGAUGUCCAUAUUAUUGGCCAGAUAGUGAAAAAUGUGUCACGGUAAAUUUUGCUGUUCCCGUUGUGAUGAAACCAAAUUACGAAGGAUACCAAUUGUUAGAAAUGCAUUUAGAAGUGAUGUGGAAACGAUACGAAAAAUAUCUUACGGAAUUUAAGUUAAAAAAUUAUAUUAAACCUGAUAUGGAUGCAGAAAUGGUUUAUUGGGACCUCACGAUUAUAGUUCUGGUGGUGCUAUUAAUUUUGGUAUUGCUGGUUAUUGCACUAGUAAUGAUAAGCAAACCAGGAUGGUUGUUUAAACUUUUUGGAAGGGUGAAUAGACCAGGAGACAGAGUGAACAUAAUUGAACAUGAGGAGAGGGAUAGUUGUGUGCCAAAUGAAUCAGAAUUUGACAAAUUUAAAGCAAAUGCAGUACUUAUAUAAAUCCAGCUAUUCUACCUUCCCAGGAAGUAUUUAUCUGUAUAUAGAGUUGCCUAUCAUAAAUAUUCUUCGUUUAAAAAACUAAAUUAUGUUUUAUACUAACUUAAAUCGUUAAAAAUAAAAAUAUUCGUAAUUAUUA